AUGGCUAAACAAGAUGACAGUCUUUUUCUGCUGGAGGUACUUAUAGAUAAAAUUGCGUUUAUAAAAAGUCCCUGUUUUACAGAUAAAGAUUUUAGAACUUGUGUGAAUAUUGAAUGUCCUUCAGUCGAACCUUUUGAAAUUUGCGAUGAUGAUCCGGGUUCUAAUGCUACCAAGAGUGGAGGACCUUUUAUAAAAACUUUUAACAGUGGAAAAUCAUGUCUUUUUUCUCUUAAAGAAGCUGACAUUGGAAAAGCUAUGAGUAAAUUUCCUAUUAAAGUAACUGUUUACAAGUCACUGCCAUGUGGUUGCUUACCUACUAAAAUUGUAAUGGGUGAAGCCACCAUUGAUAUGACCAAAGAAUUUAUUCAAGCUCGUAAUAAAUUUAUCGAAGAUCCAAGUGGAGUCAGUUACCAAGCCCUGAAGGACGCAUUUCGAAUCGUCGGCCCAGAUGGCGGUGAAACAGGGGAAAUUAUUAUGUUCUUACGAAUUUCUUGUUUUGGAAAAUUGAUUGUUACGAAAUUUCAAGGGACUGGUGUUGCAACAAAAUUGGAAACCGAUAGAACUGUAGCGCCCAUAGAUAGAUCAUGUCGUCCCCAAAGAGACUAUCAGACUGUUCAAGACCCGUGCGUAUGCGGAGCUACUAGACAUCUGGGGGAUGUAAGUGUUGCGGCUCAACCGUCUUGUACUACAAGCAAGACCGCCGGGUUUGGAAUUUGUCCUUCAGCUCGAGAUCCAUUCAACAGCAUGCCAUGCCAAGAAUCAGAUGAUCCAUGUUAUUGUUCUGGCCCUAAACCACCAGUAAAACAAAACAUGAUUUGUCGAAAUAUGGAUCAAUAUUGUCUCCAUGUACCAAAAGGUACGUUCCUGAGUUUGCCCCGUAAUCAAGAUAAAGUAGAGGUAAAUAAAAACAAUAUAGCGAGCGAUGAAAUAGAGCCGCUUAUUUUAGAUUUAUACAAAACAGAUCAGAGGUUCAAGGCAGAAAGUGAAACUACAUCUAACUAUGAAAGUUUACAAUGUUUAACAGAUUCUAGUAACAUGGAUUUUUCAAACGAACUGAGAAAACCAAAUUCAAUUACCGCUGAUAUAUUUUCUGCGAGUUCUGUCUGCACUGUUAGUACUAUUAGGUCCAAGCGUAGAAGUGUUUCCUUUUCAAGAACGAUAGACUAUUUUUGGAGUUUACAGAAUAAAACUUUAAAAUCGUCCACAAAUUAUUUGGACAGAUUAAACUCAGAAGAUGAGAGUCGCGUUUUUGGUAAUAACGAAACCACAGUGUACAUGACCUUAUUUGAUGAUCGUUGUCACCUUCAAUGUUCUGGAACACAAGCUACUGGUUCAGUUAAUAAAUGCAUACAGAUAAAUAGAAGCAAAAUAUUUUCUCCAAGUUAUGGUGGAAGUACUAACAAGUAUUCCCCAAUGAAAAAAUUACUUUGCCGUGACAGCAUAUUUGGAAUACCAAAUAAUAUACGAAAUCCUGAAAUUUACUUGUUUGGACGAAAAAAAAAUAAACCGGAGUCAAAAAAGGGGAUGGGAAGUGAAGACUCUGUAACAAAUAUAUUCAAAAAAGAACCUUCACCUACUAUUUCUGUGAAAAAAGAUCUGAGUAAAAGCAGUGAACCGAGCACCGUUUCCACCCAAGCAAAAUCUCUGAGUAGUACAGCAUCAAUGCAGACUAAAAGAUCUAAAAAGCCCUCUUCAGGAGUGGGCACUGCUAAGACUGUAUCAAUAACAACUAAAACACAACAGCCGUGCCCGGCAAUUGGCACGGUAAAUGAGGAUAUGAUGGUAACAGUUUCUCAUAUAAAGAUAGGACCAAAACAAACAUGUCCAAUAUACGGACAUAGUCCAUGUCAAGGUCCUAAGUGUGUCGCAGCGGCAACUCAAGAGGAACAAGCGCCAGUCAAAGUAUCUACUGUAAAUAAUCCUCGUCGCGGGGUAUUUGAACUGGUAAUUCGAAAAAUGACUGGAGCACCGCUAGCAAAAAAUGAAUUAAUGCUAGAAUGGACUCCUCCACAAUGUAGAAUACAACCUUCCUCUAGCGGGUUCCCAUGUUCAAUGUCAUAUAAGCGACCAAAAUCUUGCAAUCAGUCAAAGUAUAAGCUAAUAGCUUGUAGCCCAUCACCGUGCCGGGCUAAAUAUAAUAGAAAAAUUUAUAUAAAAUCUUGCAGCCCAAUUCCUCGCGUGAUAUGUCCGCCGGCACCAUGUAAACGAUGCCGUAAAAUAUCAUGCUGUGGCAAGUCAUGUUUGCCCAGCCGAUCGUGUUCUCCAUUAUUGCAGUGUAUUCGACGUUCACCAACUCCCUGCAUAAGCCCUUGUCCACCGCCUCCUUGUUAUAAAAAUCCAUGUAGAUCUCCAUGUUUUAGCUCACCUUGUCUACGUCCUUGCCCCGUGGGACGUAGACGUCCACGGCGAUCACGUAGUCAGCCCCGAAUCAGGGCACAUCCAAAACGCAUUUCACCAUGCUGUAACCGAGCCAAACUAUGUCCUGUAGUGCGUUGCCAAAGUCCAUUUAGACCCAGCAUUGGUUGCUGUCCUCUUCAUUAUUGCCACUCAAUUAAAACAGCCUUGAAUUGUCCUCGGAAACCACUAAAUUGCUGCAAAAGCAGUUGUACUACUAACUGUGGUUGA